AUGACAAUCUACCCCCCAUAUGCACCCUACUGUCUCAAAUUCUUACGCCCUCCCUGCUUAAUUCAAAUUGACAGUAAGAACACCAAGCAACAAACUCUCUUUCUCUCACAGUUUCGUUCAAAGCUCUUCAAAGAACACACCCAGAUUUUCUCAAAUUUGCAACACUCAGAAUUGGGGAUUUACAGAAGCGCACACACAAAAUCCCUCUCCCUUUUCCUCGCGCACCUUUCUUCCCCAACUCUCAUCUCUGUCUCUCGCUUUCUCUCACAAAAAGGAAGAAAACAAGAUCCCCAAAUUUUCGUCGCCUCUUCUGAUUCUCUCCAUGCCGCCGGCCACUGCUCGCCGGGAGGGAACGGUGCUGCUGUCACCGUGCCUGGAAGACGCUGCUGUCGCCGCCGGGAAGAGCUGCUGCUGGCCGCGUCCACGCCGUCGCUCAGCGCCAUCGCCGUCUGCAGUCGCCACGGGUCUGCUCGCUGUUCGAACAUCCCCGAAACGACACCGCGCAGCCCCGAAACCAACCCGAACCACCCCACAAAGAUUUAUUUCAGAUUCCAUGAGAUGCACAAGAAUGGAAUAGGAAUGAGGUGGAAGAAGUGUAUACCCGCUGUUGGUGAAAGGUUUUGGCUGGCAAAGAUUGUGUUGUCAACCCUCCUUGAACUUGAUCCGAUGGUAAUUGAUUUGAGGGAUUGAUUGGGUAUAUAUAGGCAAAACUGAUAGAUAUUGAUAGAUUUGGUGGUUGGAGAGAUUUUAGGGAAGAUGAAGAUAUGUGGAAAUCGUUUAUUG